GACAGAGGGCCCAGAGUUUGAAGAGUGUGAGAGUGAUGGGAGUGAGGUACAGCUCUGCCUAGCCUCCUCCUCUUAUAUUUCAUGUCGGUGCCAUUUUCCCCACAUUACUUAACUUGCUAUUGCCAUUGCCAUUCUAAGCUACAAGUUUACUUCCCCCACUCAUUCAUUAUCCAUCCUUUCAUGUGAUGCCAUUAUUUACUCUCUAAAUACAUUUCAUUCCUGCUAGGACUUUGCUGUUUAUCAUUUGCAUUUAUUUUUUGUUGGUCCUCAAAAAAGUGUCCCCCUUUCUAUGUAUUCUAUCUUCCCUUAAAGCCCCUCUGUGUUUUGUCACAGCUAUUAUUGCUGCUUUCAAUAGUAAUUUAUUACCUAAGUAGAAAACUUGCUUAUUUAUCUUGUCAUUGCCAUUCUGUGAUUCAAGUUUGACAAUUUCACAGCCUUUGGAAGAAAAAAGCUUGCAUUUUUUGUCCCCCCCAAAGGAAUAUACUUGCUCUCCAAUCUCUUCUUUCCCUCCAACUUCACUCUCUUGAACUCUUCCUUUUCAUGCUUUAAGUUAAAUAUUCUGCAACCCUUUUAGUUGCCAUUGUGUGUUUCUGUUGGCAAUGUGCCAAAGAAGCAUGAGUGGUGGUGGCAUGAAGCUGCUGAGGAUGUUUGUGUUUGUGGGGUUGGUGAUUGUGAAAUGGGUGGAAGGCUUUGAGGAUGCUAAUGUGACAGACCUAGGCAUGCAAUAUGUCAGUGGAAGAGGUUUCUACAGACCUUUGAUGGUUGGUUUUACUCAUAUUAAUGGUGCUGCUGCUAAAGGAGCUGUCUGCCUGGAUGGAUCUUUACCGGGGUACCACUUCCACCGUGGAUAUGGUUCAGGAUCAAACAGUUGGCUCAUACAAUUGGAGGGAGGAGGCUGGUGUGGAACUGUAAAAAAUUGUCUUUAUAGUAAGAAAACACGUCAUGGUUCAUCAUUUUUUAUGGAAAAACAAAUACCAUUUAUUGGGAUAUUGAGCAACAAAGCUGAGGAAAAUCCAGAUUUUUUCAGUUGGAAUAGAAUAAAAAUCCGUUAUUGUGACGGUGCAUCAUUUAGUGGGGACAGUCAAAAUGCGGGAGCAGGGUUGUAUUUCAGAGGGCAGCGCAUUUGGCAAGCUGCUAUGGAAGAUUUAAUGUCAAAAGGGAUGCGCUAUGCCAAACAGGCUCUUCUAUCUGGUUGUUCUGCGGGAGGUUUAGCUACUAUUAUACAUUGUGAUGAAUUUCGGGAAUUGUUUCCUAGAACCACAAGAGUAAAAUGCUUAAGUGAUGCUGGAUUAUUCCUUGAUUCUGUUGAUGUUUCUGGUCGUCGCAGCUUAAGGAAUUUGUUCGGAGGUGUGGUUACCUUGCAGGGAGUGCAAAGAAGUCUUCCAAGGAGUUGUACUAGUCGCCUCAAUCCAAUUUUGUGCUAUUUUCCUCAGCACUUAAUUGCUGGUGUCAGGACACCACUGUUUCUUCUCAAUGCAGCUUAUGAUACUUGGCAGAUUCAAGCGAGUCUUGCUCCACCAUCUGCUGACUACCACUGGAACUGGUAUGAAUGCAGAAAAAAUUAUGCACGUUGCAGUGCACCACAGAUACAGUAUCUUCAAGGUUUCCGAAAUCAGAUGCUUAGAUCUACAAGAGCCUUCUCACGGUCUUUUAAAAACGGGUUGUUCAUAAAUUCUUGUUUCGCCCAUUGCCAAUCAGAAAGACAGGAUACAUGGUUUGCUCGUGAUUCCCCUCAUAUUGGAAAUAGAGGGAUUGCGGAGUCUGUUGGGAACUGGUAUUUUGAUCGAGUUAGUGUCCAGGCCAUUGGCUGCCCUUACCCUUGUGACAAAACAUGCCAUAAUUUGGUAUUUAAGAGAUAGAUCGCUCAAGUAUCAUCAUUCUUUCAAUAAUUUUCUUCUGCUCCUACAUUGCACAUGUGAUUGGGUUCUGAAAAUGGAAAAGACAUUGCCAGAAAAAGCUAGCUCCAAUAUAGCACUGAACCAGUUUAUUGCCAUAAAUUAUAAUAUUCAUUCUUGUAAAACAUUGGCUGAGCUUAUUCAGUUUUCAUUUAAUUAUUUUUUGCAAGUACAUUCAGUUCCUGUCUCUGGAACUUUGAACCAUGGACUGUAAUCCAAAAGAUUAAGUUUUGCUUUCUGUCUCUUCCCUUCUCAUUACACAUUAUUGUACUUAUGAGUUCAAUCGAUGAAACCACAUUUCAUCUUUUACUUUCUUUGA